CCCCUUUUGGACAGGAUGCUAACGACCAGACUUGAGGGUGGGUGGUAAGCCAUGGCCUCUCGCCCGCGAGGAAACACCGCGCAUAACGCUGGAUGACACGAGCAGCAGCAGCGGUGAUGAAAAGACCCGCGGUGGGUGCGACCACGGUGGCGACAAAGGCCAAGGCGACAGCCAUGAAGACAUCGACUGCCAUGAAGGCAUCUCCUGCAAGGAAGGCGCCCUGUGCCAUGAAAGUCACUGCCAUGAAGACUUCUGCCAUGAAGGUUUCAGCCAUGAAGGUGACUGCUAUGAAGACAACGGUAAUGAAGGCAACAGCAAAGAAGGGUUCGGCAAUGAAAGGCACUGCUCUGAAGAAGCCUCCAGUGAAGAAGAAACUGACCACCACAAAAGCUGUUCGAAGAAAGCCAGCAGUGAAAAAGGUCCCUGCGAAGAAGAAGAGGCCUCCUGCGUGGAGGGAUGCGAUCGAAGGCUUGGUGAAGACCAAACGCUGCAAGGACUUCCUUCGCUAUGCCCACCGCAUAGAGGACAUCAACGAGGUGGCUCUUCGGUAUCCUGGCUGGCUCGGGGCGUUGGCUCGCAAUCAGAUGGGGGGUGCACCCAGCAGUUCGGAAAAGCUGCAUGUCCUUUUGGAGCUGGGUUUGGAUCCGGACACGGAGGACCUUCUGCUGGAAUCCAUCUACGGACCUGGGAACAGCUUUGAGCUUCUCCUGGACUAUGGUGCAGAUCCCCUGGGUCGCAACCCACAGAAGUCCUAUAUGGGCUGCCCCUUUUGCGUAGCAGCCCAUGAGGAAAACGACGGGAGAGUCUAUCAAGUGAGUCGCCUCAAGGAGGCCUUGUUUGAACACCCAAAGUAUGAGCACAGUGCGGAGCAAGAGUGGCUGUCAGCGGUGGAGCGCAUGCACGAGAUGUUGCUGCAAGAGCAUGGAAUAGGAGCGGGACAACGAUGUUUUGCGGAUGGCGAUGAAGAUGUUGCUUCCAAGGAGAUGUUAGAUCUGGUGUUCGAGAGGGUAUCUACCAGCUUCUUAGCUCCUUCGUGACCAGAGUCUCUGUUGGUGACCCGACGGAGACACUUCCAGUACGAGAAGAAGUUUCUGAGGGACACUCUCCUGCAAAACGUGGAGAAUCUAGACUUGCUGAUACCUGUGUAAUUCUCGAGCUCCGGUGAGCAGAACCAGCGUGCAGGUGAAGAAAAAGUGUGGAAAAAGUUCUUGGCAUAUAUAUUUAUGCGUGUGUCAGUGUGUUUUUAAUAUGUUUAAAGUUUGUAUUAUAUAAUAU